AUGUCACCAUCACCAGCACCAUCACUGCUGUCAUCACCAGCGCCGUCACCAUCGUCAUUACCGUCCUCAUUACCGUCACCAUCAUCAGCGCUGUCAUCAUCACCAUCGCCAGCACCAUCACCAGCGCCGUCACCAUCGUCAUUACAAUCCUCAUUACCGUCGCCAUCAUCAGCGCUGUCAUCAUCACCAUCGCCAGCACCAUCACCAGCGCCGUCACCAUCGUCAUUACCGUCCUCAUUACCGUCACCAUCAUCAGCGCUGUCAUCAUCACCAUCGCCAGCACCAUCACCAGCACCGUCACCAUCGUCAUUACCGUCCUCAUCACCGUCACCAUCAUCAGCGCUGUCAUCAUCACCAUCGCCAGCACCAUCACCAGCGCCGUCACCAUCGUCAUUACCGUCCUCAUUACCGUCACCAUCAUUAGCGCUGUCAUCAUCACCAUCACCAGCGCCGUCACCAUCGUCAUUACCGUCCUCAUUACCGUCACCAUCAUUAGCGCUGUCAUCAUCACCAUCACCAGCACCAUCACCGCUGUCAUCACCAGCGCCGUCACCAUCGUCAUUACCGUCUUCAUUACCGUCACCAUCAUCAGCGCUUGCCAGCACCGGAGCCGUCACCAUUCCUAUCACUAUCGGCAUCAACAGCGGCAACAUCAUCACCAUCACUAGCGGCAUCACCAUCGCCAGCACCAGAGCCGUCACCAUCGCUAUCACUAUUGCCAACACCUGCGCCGUCAGCAUCACUGCCACCAUCACAAGCGCCAUCACUGUUGCUAUCACCAUUGCCAUCACUAUCACCUGCAUCGUCACCAUGUCUGCGUUCUAUAAGUUUUAUGACUGA